UUGUAAAAUUAUGAUAUUGGAUGUUAAUUAAUUAAGAGUUCUUUCCUCAUUUGUUUAGCCAAGGUUUUAGAUCAGUACUCCCUGUGUGUUAUUCAUAUCAUUUGAGCUGUCUGAACAUGUGAAUCCGACAUGUAACAAGAAGAACCUUUACUGCGUAUAACAACGGUGUAAUACUAUAUUGACUGUAUACAUUUGCGAAUGAUCACCAUCUUUCAAUAGGUGCAAAGUGACAGAAAAUCUGUAAACCACACAAGUAUUUAAAGAUGCCAGCAGGCGUAUCCUGGCCAAGAUAUCUAAGGAUGCUUACUGCCAGCAUGUUGUCAAUGUUUGCAGGAGCACAGGUCGUUCAUCAGUAUUACCGUCCUGAUUUGACGAUUCCAGAUGUCCCACCAAAACCCGGGGAACUGAGAACAGAGCUUCUUGGCUUAAAAGAAAGACAGACAGACUCAGAGAAACAAUGACACAUUUAAUUGCUUUGUAAUUACUGUACAUAUGCACAUAAUGUUGUAAAGACUCCCAAAACCUGAGUAAGAUGAGACAAAAAUUCUUAUUUUAUACUGUGAAUAAAAUUAUUUGUACUUACACUUUGUCUUCU